AUGCAAAUGUCUCUUCAUCAGUCCAUAACAGAUCUCCAGGCGCUUCUCAAAAAAGGAUCGACGGAUAUAUCAGCUUCAAUUUCAUAUCGCCGCUGCUUCUACUGGCUUUGGCUAUUCGUCAAGUCCCGCCACCACUCCGUCCUCACCAGGACCCCACCAGCCGUGCGAAAUGAUUCCACCAUCAAGUCUACGCUGGAGCUCCUACUACGCCUAGAACCGCAGCCACCGGUGUGGAGGGUGCUGGCCGAAACAGCUCUACAUCGGCUGUGGGACGAAGCUGCUCGCUCCGAUACGUGCCUGGCCGAAUGGUGGUGUGCGCCGCCAACCACUAUGGAUGUUACAGCCGUGCUGAAGCUCCUGCAAAACAUCGAAGACAUGCUCGAGGAAUGGAGCUCAACCUGGCUGCCGCCUAAUGACAUGAGCGCUCCUGAUUUCCCCGGCUCCGACCUUCUCAACCCAUCUAUUUUUGCCAAUUCCAUCACCGCCUUCAUGGGUGUUUUAACACGCUUCAGCAUGGUUUCGUUUGCUGCGCCCAUUGUUUCGCACCAGCUAGUUCUCAAGACUGGCCUCACUACAUUAUCACCCCCCCUCCACACCUACCAGAGGCAUCCGCUUUUCUGGAUUGCGUGUUGCGGUCAGCCGAUGCAGCAAGUAAAUGCUGCGACAUUAUACUUAACAUCAAACCCACAGAUAGAGACAUUUUGCGAUAUACACCCGACUACGGUUUUACCAUGA